AUUUCUUUUGCAAAAUGCCAAAAACCCUAUUUGCUUAGUCAUCGCCUUGAAUUUUGGAACGUUGUCGGGGCACAAGAAAAGAAUCUCCGGUGGCCGCUAUUCUCGGGGAACUCGACAUUCCUCAGCUCUCAUGGAGUUUUAGGGUUUCUAUGAUUCUAGGAUUCCACUGUAGGUAUACGCGAAUGCAUAGAUAUGUAAUGAAACAUUUGCUCUGAAUCGGCUUUAUCCCUCGACAUACGGUUGGCACAGGCAAUCAUUUUUUUAAUUCGGAAACCCUAGCCUACCUUUAAUUUUCGCAGUUAAAUCAUCUAGCUACAUGUCAUCCAACAAUGAUCCAGUGGAGAUUGACAGUCCUGCUGCAUGUAAUGGAGAUACACUUAGUACCAAUAAAAACGGACUUUACCUUUAUCCUGUUUCUGUCAAUGCUUCAGGCGAAGGUUUACCAUAUGCUCCUGCAGAUUGGCCGAACCCAGGUGACAAAUGGGCCUGGAAGGUGGGAAAACGAAUUGCAGCUGCUGGCUACUUUCUUGAUAGAUAUCUGUAUCUUCCACAACGUCUUCGGGGAAAGCGAAAUGCUUUCGCAAGUAGGCUUUCGGUGGAGCAAUACAUCCGGUCUGAGUUUCCAAGCGUAGAUAUCAAGGAAUUCUUUGCAUCAUUCAGUUGGAAGAUUCCGUCAAAACUAUUACAAGGUGGCUGGUAUGCUGAGGUCACAUCUUCAGGCAUGAAACCUGAUUCUCAUUUUGGAAGCAGCAGUUGUAAGGCUGGUAACAGUGUGUGUGCCAGUUUAGUAGCAGAGAAUCCUAGUCCAGAGACCAUGAUUUGUGACCUUUGUUGCAGUGAGCCUGGUUUUUGCCGAGAUUGUUGUUGUAUUCUUUGUUGUAAAACUAUUAGUUCUGCUUAUGGUGGGUAUAGUUACAUUAGGUGUGAAGCAACAGGUGUUGAUGGUUACAUUUGUGGACACAUAGCCCAUAUAGACUGCGCUCUACGAGCUUAUAUGGCUGGGACAGUUGGAGGAAGCAUCGGUUUGGAUGCAGAGUAUUUUUGUCGACGCUGUGAUUCAAGAACUGAUUUGGUCUCACAUGUCAUGAAGCUUCUAAACAUUUGUGGAUCAAUUGAUUCUCGUGAUGACAUUGAGAAGAUUUUGAGUGUUGGCAUUUGCAUUCUGCGUGGCUCACGAAAAACAAAUGCAAAACAGUUGUUGCAUCGUAUUAAAUCGGCCAUGGCAAAGCUUCACAAGGGAACCGGCAUUAGAGAUGUGUUCAAAGAAGAAGAAUUCAUGGACACCAAUGGAGGAACAUCUCAGCAUGACACAGGAACAUGUGUGUCUACAUACCAUGGAGAGUCAAUUCUUAGCGAAAGAUCUUCACCACAAAAGAUGACUUCAACUUUUGACCAUCGCAUCGAAUCCCUUAAGCUUGAGGAUGAGAUUGAUCAAACACUGCAGGCAUUGAGGAAGUCUCAAGAAUUUGAGUACAGACUUGCUGAGGAAAAGCUCUUUGCUCAAAAGAACUAUAUCAUGAAUCUCUAUGAGCAGCUUGACAAGGAAAGAUCAGAUCUAUCAAGCCGUACAUCAAUGGUUGAAACAGAUACCUUACUUGAUGUUGUCCUGAAAAGAGUAGACCAAAUAAAACGAGAAAUUUCGAAACUCAAGGACAUGAAACAAGUGCAAAAUGGAUUUGGAAGAACUUCGAAGCAAAUACUCAAGGAUUACUUUUGUCUAGAAACAGAAUCGUCUUAAGCAAGCUCUGCCCUUUGUAUACAACAAAUACGCCCUGGCCAUGUUAUGCCAAAAUUUUGUUCCGAGCCUCAAGAGUUAUUUCUUUGUAACAGUUUGCACUACUGUUAGGCCAUGUAUAUUUUUUUUUCAGAUAGAGGACAUUACUAUUAGUCCAUAUGUUAACAUUUCCAUAAAAUCAGAUUUAUCUUCA